AUGGAUGAUGAUGAUGAUGAUGAUGAUGAUGAUGAUGAUGAUGAUGAUGAUGAUGAUGAUGAUGAUGAUGAUGAUGAUGAUGAUGAUGAUGAUGAUGAUGAUGAUGAUGAUGAUGAUGAUGAUGAUGAUAUCGAUGGCGGCGGCAGCAACGACGACAAAAAUGAUAAGGAAAAGGUUUCACUUGACCAGAUUAUAAAAAAUCCGGAGGCCUCAGUGGGAAUUGAACCCACAACAGCAACAGGAAGGCUGAAUUACGAGGCCGCGACCGAGAUCCGUGGGUUUAAUCGCAUUUGGAUCAAAUCAUCCGCUCAAUCUACUAUAGUGGAUGGAAUUACCGAAUUCUGCUACAGUAAGAUGACUGACCAAACGGGAUUCACUAAGCGACCAGUCUGGAAUCCGCCAGAUGACUACCAAGCUCACAUAAUUAAUUGGACUUGGCAGAUUUAA